GUAACUAUAAGAUCCAGUGAGUACCGAUAGCGCCUCUUUGGAUUAGAACCACUGGAUACCUAAUUUUUGCCGUCGUAUCAACAUGAGCACCCCUGUGGCGGCAGAAUCUAGCGAUCAACGACUGGGCUCGGUUUUGCCAGUUUUCAGUAGGUGGCGCAGUCCUCACCUUCGCAGGGUCAGUCUCUUCAUGGGCGUUCUAUCCCUUUUCUCGUCUCCGGGCGGGUACGAUGGCUCUUUGGUCAAUGGCCUGCAGGCUAUGCCAGAAUGGAUCAACUUCAUGGAAAAGCCAUCCAGCACUUGGCUUGGCUUUAUAAGUGCUGUCUACUGGAUAGGGGCUUUGAUAUGCACCCCAGUUGCUGCCUGGGCGUGUAAUCGAUACGGGCGGCGCGUAGGCGUCUGGAUAGGGCUUAUUCUUCUAUUAGCUGGAACCGUAAUGGGUACGGCUGCGUCGUCCGCCAACGUCUUCACUGCAUCUCGUGCAGUGAUUGGUUGUGGUAUGGGAUGGGUAAGCAACACGGCCCCUAUCCUACUCAGUGAGAUUGCCUACCCUGCACAUCGUGGUGUCUUCGGUGCACUCUACAUGGUCGGCUAUUACGUUGGAGCCGCUGUUGCGGCCUGGGCCACCUUUGCAACACAAGCGUAUGACGGUCCCUGGGCAUGGAGAUUGCCGGUUCUUCUGCAGAUGCUCCUUCCUCUCAUUGCCGUUCCUGGGUUUGCGUUCAUCCCAGAGAGUCCUCGAUGGUUGAUAUCUAGGGGACGUAUCGAGAAAGCCCGUACAGUUUUAGCUGAGCUGCACACCGGUGGUGAUGCUACUGCACCUCUUAUCGUGUAUGAAGUCCAGAAUAUCGAAGAGAUAAUUCGAGCGGAGCAUAACGCGGCUGCUUCAUCUGGGUACAUGAGCGUAGUCAAGUCUCCGGGAGACCGCCAUCGGCUCUUCAUCACGAUUACGCUCGGAGCAUUUGCACAAUUAUCGGGUAACGGGGUAGUCUCCUACUACCUUUCCAUGAUCCUAAGGUCUGUUGGGAUUACACACGCACGCGACCAGCUAUUGAUCUCGGCCUGCCUGCAAGUCUGGAACGUUCUUUUCGCAGUGCUUGGCGCCUCGCUGGUCGAAAAGGUCGGUCGGCGGGUUUUGUUCAUAACCUCGGCCAGCACCAUGCUGGUAGCCUUCAUCCUCAUCACUGCCUUGUCAGGCGCCUUUGCCAGCACUGGCAAGGGUUCAGUUGGUAUUGCAGUUAUCCCAUUCCUCUUUGUAUAUUUCUUGGGAUAUGAUAUUGCGCUGACACCUAUGCUCACGGCAUAUCCAUGUGAAAUCUGGCCCUUCAGUCUCCGCUCACAAGGGCUCAGUAUGGUAUGGCUGUCUGCCAUUGGAUGCACGGUGUUCAACACGUUUGUCAACCCGAUCGCGCUUUCGGCUAUCCACUGGAAAUACUAUUUUGUGUUCGUGGCCGUGUUGGCCGGAUACUGGUUCUCGGCGUAUUUCUUUUACCCAGAAACUCGCGGAUAUAGCCUCGAGCAUAUAGCCGGUAUUUUUGACGGGAAAGGUGCCGACGUGAGACGAGAAAAUGAAGAGAAAGCCGAGCCGGUGGCUGCACCCGUGGCUACAGAGUCGGAACAUAUACAUUUCUAAGGUUCAGAUCGCCAUGUUGGAACACAGCCAGCAAUGAGGUUAGACUAGAGCACCUGUGUGAGACAGACCGGUCUCAUGUAGGUUCGAUGAUAGUAACUAAAUCAGUUAGUCAUUAGACCACCUACUCCAAAUAGCAACGGAAGAAGAGAAGCCCAUCCCCAGUUUUCGUAUUUCUUCGGUAAACCGACAAUAUUUAUCGUCUUCUCAUACUAGGACAACUAGUUUCUUUCCUCGCCAUCAUAUAGACUCAAUACAUGUCAUACUAUCCAAAUAGACCGGCCACAAAAAUGACCUGAUAUUGUCUUAAAUCCGCCGGGAUCUGUGCAACCAUAAGCAAGCCAGCAUCUGGUAACUACUAGCUCGCCGCAGAUCGAGACAACCGAAAUUCAAGAUGCCAUCGC